UUACAUUCAUUAACAAUAUCAUACAUCAUUUCAUUUUUCAAUUUUUGCUUAUGGAAAUAGAACACCCCUUGUUAACAGAUAUCAUUCCAUACAUAGCUCUAAGUCACAACAAUGAGCUCUCUCACUCUCUACCUUUAUCCAAAACUAACACCAUGUUAGAAACAUCUCAUGAUUUUUGCUACCAUCCCGAGUCAUUUAAGAAGCUAGUGGAAAUGGAUUUGCCUUGUAAUGAAUCUUUAGAGGAAAAACUUUCUUGGUUGCGGUUCCAAAUUAUCGGCAAUGAUGCAGAGUUUGAUUCUUCAUUUGGAAGAAGAAAACUUGUCUAUGCUGAUCACACUGCUUCUGGCCGCAGUCUUCAUUACAGUGAAAAUUUCAUCAUCAAUCAUCUUCUUCCUUUCUAUGGUAAUACUCAUACUUGUGACAGUUAUGUGGGAAGCAGAACAACAAAAAUGUUACAUGAAGCAACUGAGUAUAUUAAGAAAUGCUUAGGUGGUGGUGAAGACGAUGCAAUUAUCUUUUGUGGCUCAGGCACAACGGCAGCCACCAAGAGGCUUCAAGAAGUAAUAGGAAUUGCAGUGCCUUCUAUUUUAAGGGAAAGAGUUUUGAGGAGCCUUAGCAAAGAAGAAAGAUGGGUUGUUUUUGUAGGACCACAUGAGCACCAUUCCAAUCUUCUUUCUUGGAGGCAGAGUUUGGCUGAGGUAGUAGAGAUUGACUUAGAUGAUAAAGGGUUGCUUGAUAUGGAAGCUCUAAAGCUACAACUUGAGUUUUAUAAAGAUACCAAUCGACCAUUGUUGGGAUCUUUCUCAGCUUGUAGUAAUGUCACUGGUAUCUAUUCAGAUACAAGAGCAAUUGCUAAGCUUCUUCACCAAUAUAAAGGUUUUGCAUGCUUUGAUUUCGCAGCAAGUGGUUCGUAUGUGGAGAUUGACAUGAGAUCAAGACAUAUCGAUGGGUAUGAUGCUGUGUUUCUUAGUCCACAUAAAUUUCUUGGAGGUCCUGACUCUCCGGGAGUGCUCCUGAUGAACAAAGCUUUGUACAAGUUAAGAUCUUCAACCCCAUCUACUUGUGGAGGUGGAACUGUCACUUAUGUCAAUGGCUUCAAUGAAAAGGACACAUUAUACUUGGAGAACAUAGAAGAAAGGGAAAAUGGGGGCACACCUCCAAUAAUACAAACAGUGAGAGCAGCAUUAGCAUUUUGGGUUAAAGAAUACAUUGGCUACAAAGAGAUAGAAAAAAAGGAACAAUUAUACAUUAACAAGGCACUUAAGAGGCUUGUAUCAAACCCCAACAUUAAGAUUUUGGGUAACUUAAACGCCAAGCGACAAGCUAUAUUAUCAUUUCUCAUAUACUCUACCAUAAAUUAUAGUGAUGAACAUGAAAGAGAAGUUAACUUGUGGCAAGAAAUGGGGAACCAAAGAGGUAAGCCACUACAUGGACCUUUUGUUGCAGCAUUGCUUAAUGAUCUAUUUGGUAUUCAAGCUAGAGGUGGGUGUGCUUGUGCUGGACCUUAUGGACAUGAGUUACUCAAUAUCAAUAAAUCUCAAUCACUUGCUAUUAGAUCAGCAGUUCAAAAGGGCUAUAUUGGAGUAAAACCUGGAUGGACCCGAGUUAGUUUUCCGUAUUACAUGAGUGAAGAAGAUUUUGAGUACAUUUUGAGUGCAAUAGAGUUUGUAGCUGUAUAUGGCCAAAGGUUCUUUCCUUUAUACAGCUUUAAUUUGAGAAAUGGAAGCUGGACAAUGAAGACACAGAAAUUUGAGACAUCAAACAAGGAAGACAACAACAACAUUCAUAAUAAAUUGUUGGAAACAAAUAUAGAGGAAAUAAACACUAAUAUGGAUGCAAGAAAAGAGUAUAAUGAUAGAGUUAAACAAGGUGUGUUUGUGAAAAGGAACCAAUCUUAUUUUGAUGCAGCCAAAUAUAUUGCUAGUAGCCUCCCUAAAUUCCCUCCUCAAGGUAUAUUGCAGGAUGGCAUGGAUUCCAAUGUCCUCUACUUUAGGGUUUGAGUUUUGAGUAUGUUGUCAAUACUCAAUACCAAAAAUUAUUUAUGAAUAUACUUGUUAUACUUGUGAUUUUGAGUCAUUUUCCAUUAGUCAUUUAUGUUUGAAAUGGUUCACAUUAUUGGAAUGAGUUUUAUUUUUCAUCCA